AUGACCAGCGGGGAAGCUAGCAAGCCGUCUCGCAAGGAAGAGAGCAAGGCACGUCGCAAGGAGGCGGCCAAGACGCCCUCCGAAAUGGUGCCGACCUCGAACAAAGGGACGUCCCAUGAACCGGACGAGUCGGAGGCCGCCGUCCUUUGGUCGGGUGGGCUCACUGGCGCGAGCCGCUCCAGCAGCCUCGUCGCCCCGGAGAGCGUCUACGCGGUCAUGGAGCACGGCUGGUACCAGCGGCGGCUCCUCCUGUGCGGUGUCCUGGGCGUGACCGCGGUGUUCAUGGAGGUCCUCGCGUACCGCCUCAUCGCCCGGCGCGUGGACCACUGGUGCCAGCCGCCCGGCGAGUUGGCGUAUCUCUCCGACGACGCCUGGAAGAACCUUUCGAUCCCGGUCGAUCCAGACGGCAACUUCAGCCGGUGCACCGUUUACUCCACGGACGAACUGGCGGUUCACGUGGCCUUCUGCGUCACCAGCUACUCGCUCGUCAUCUGGGCCAUGAACAGACUAGGCCUGCGCGACACGCUCUCCGCCGUGCUCGCCGCCACCUCCAUGGCCAAGGCGUUCGUCGAGUACGCCAGCUACGACACCGCGGCUGCCUACCUGCACGCGGCGAUGAAGAUCCUCGCGUGUGGCUCCAUGAGCGUGGUGCUGUGCUACGCGGGGGAGAUCUUCCCCACCACCAUCCGGGGCACCGGCGUGGGCUUGUCCGUGUUCGUCGGCGGCAUCGGGUUCCUGCUGGGAGAUUUUUUCAUCAUGGUUCGUACGGUGCGGCCGGGAUUCGUGUUCGACGUCUUCUACACCGGGAUGACCAUGCUCAGCAUCGUGGCCAUCCAGAAAUUUUCGCACAACGAUCUCCUGGCCCACAUUUCGACAUUUAUUCAAGAGCACCUUCAGGGUCCUUUGGAAACCAUCUGGAUACCUGGUUUUGACGGGCUGCCGGGAAAUGAAAGAGCUAAUCAGCUCGCCUGCGAGACUUUGAACCAGGCACCCUGCAUUCCGCGACCAGUCUGGCUUCUGCAGCCAUAUGAAGAGGCAAGGCGCCAAUUCCCCAAGCUCAGCAAAGUGCUCACGUGUGAACAUGGUGUACUGAUUCGUCAGGCCCAGACUGAAACACUCCCUACACCAGCGCGAAUGCACCUCCUCCGCGGCCUCUUACCUGAAGAUGCCCCACCCUGCCGAUACAGUGGCGAACCCCCAAACGCAUCCCGUAUCCUCUGGCCCUGUGGACCACCCCCACCUCCCCUGCCUGCCCCUACAAAUCUUUCCUCUAAACCCCAUGCCGGGUGGCUGACAGAAGCAGCCAGCGCCGACGACCAACGCAGUAGGACCAGCGGGGAAGCUAGCAAGCUGUCUCGCAAGGAAGAGAGCAAGGCGCGUCGCAAGGAGGCGGCCAAGACGCCCUCCGAAAUGGUGCCGACCUCGAACAAAGGGACGUCCCAUGAACCGGACGAGUCGGAGGCCGCCGUCCUUUCGUCGGGUGGGCUCACUGGCGCGAGCCGCUCCAGCAGCCUCGUCGUCCCGGAGAGCGUCUACGCGGUCAUGGAGCACGGCUGGUACCAGCGGCGGCUCCUCCUGUGCGGUGUCCUGGGCGCGACCGCGGUGUUCAUGGAGGCCCUCGCGUACCGCCUCAUCGCCCGGCGCGUGGACCACUGGUGCCAGCCGCCCGGCGAGUUGGCGUAUCUCUCCGACGACGCCUGGAAGAACCUUUCGAUCCCGGUCGAUCCAGACGGCAACUUCAGCCGGUGCACCGUUUACUCCACGGACGAACUGGAAACGAGCCCCGAGAACCGGACCGUAAUAGGGUGCCACAAGUGGGACUACGAACUGCACGACCGGGCCGACAGCAUCGUGAGUCGAUUCGACCUGGUGUGCGGCCGCGAGGCGCUCUACGAGCUCUCGGAGCGGCUGCCGCCGUUGGCUUACGCGCUGCUGUCGCCCGCGGCGGGCUUUGCGGCCGACCGGGUGGGCCGCAAGCCGGUCGCGUGGAUGUGCGGCUCCGUCGUGCUGAUCUCGGCUGUGGGCAGUGGCGCGGCCGUCAACUACGCCUUUUUCCUCGCCAACCGCAUCGUGCUGCUGGCUUCCGGCAGCGCCACCUACCUGCUCACUUUCGUGCUCAUCUACGAGGCGACGGGCAACGCGCGGCGCUGGCCUUACACGCUGCUCCACUCGGCGGUGGCCUUCACCCUGGUGCCGCCCUUCCUGCACGUCCUCUCGCUGCUCGAGCCGAGCUGGGCGCUCACGCACGCCAUCUUCAUCGUGCCCACGACCGCCUUCACGGUGUGGUGCUUCCUGCUGGACGAGUCGCCCGUGUGGCUCCUCGCCACCUGGAGACUGCAGGAGGCCGAGGCCCGCGUCCUGGCUGCGGCCAAGCUCAACGGCGUGGACGAGGACAAGGCGAGGGAGAACUUCCGAGCGCUGCGCGGCCCGAUGAGGAAGCUCGGCCGCUCCUACGAUCCCGCGGCGGUGCUCUCGGUGUCUGACGGCAUCCUCGAUGGCGCCACGAUGCGCCGUCGCAUGGCGGCCGUCUUCUUCGCGCGAUUCACAUUGAGCGGCAUCUACUUCAGCGUCAUGUUCACCGACCACGCGCGCGGUCUCUACUGGCAGGCGUUUCACGUGGCCUUCUGCGUCACCAGCUACUCGCUCGUCAUCUGGGCCAUGAACAGACUAGGCCUGCGCGACACGCUCUCCGCCCUGCUCGCCGCCACCUGCAUCACGGCCGUGGCCAAGGCGGUCGUCGAGUACGCCAGCUACGACGACACCGCGGCUGCCUACCUGCACGCGGCGAUGAAGAUCCUCGCGUCUGGCUCCAUGAGCGUGGUGCUGUGCUACGCGGGGGAGAUCUUCCCCACCACCAUCCGGGGCACCGGCGUGGGCUUGUCCGUGUUCGUCGGCGGCAUCGGGUUCCUGUUGGGAGAGUUUUUCAUCCGGGUUCGCACGGUGCGGCCGGGAUUCGUGUUCGACGUCUUCUACAGCGGCAUGACCCUGCUCAGCAUCGUGGCCAUCCAGUGGCUCCCCAAGCUGUUCAUCGAGAAGGUGGAGGAAACGCGGCCCACCCUCCCCACGAGCCCGGAGGGGCGCAAGAUGCAGCUCAUGGCCUCGCUGUCGCCCACGGGGAAGAGCAAAGAGCGCAAGAAGCGCGAUUCCAAGGCGAAAGCAGGCCGCAGGUCGCUGCCUUGAAGUUCCCCACUUCCGCGAGUGCUUCGCCGUGCAGAGGAACGGGGAACUUCUGUGCGAGCUGCUAAGAAAGACGAUUUGACAGAGUUUGUUCAAUAUGUUUAUACCGGCCGUGAAUGUAUUUGUUUUCCGCUAUUUCUAAUGUUUACUGAUUGUGCGACUUCCCUAAAAAAUAUUGCUUUCGCUACGAAAUGUUGUAAAGCGAUCAUGCGAUGGAAGAAGCCAAGUAAUGUCUACCCGGCUUUAUGGAGUACUUCUUUUUAUGACGCGAUUUACUUCUUUUUUUAAUUCUUUUUUACUUAACGAGGACAAUGAAAGUUACAGCGAACUUUUUGUCAUAUUAGCCUGGAAUCCUCAGUGCAAAUGUAGCUGAGCGCAAUGUUAUAGGGUAUUUAUACAAAGGAGAAAAUAGAAAGACUAGGAGGUCUGAAAUCUACGUGAUUGCGUGAAGGUUGUUGCUCGGUUAGCACGAACUUUGUACAUACCAUCGGUCAUAACGUUUAUUUAAGUAAAAAGCAGGGAACGAGACCUUAGCUGCACUAACGCACACUGUCACCACUGUGAUACGGCGUGUGUCUGCGCCUAUUUCGUAUGCAGCAGAGCGCAAUGAAUGUAACCAGCGUUGUGUUGGCUGCCAUCACUGGGCACAGCGUCGAGCUUUGACCUCGCAUUGAGUUCCCCAUCUGGUCAUGCCGUCCUAGGAAAGGGACAAGAACGAGAUCGUUACUUGCAAGUGCAUCCUCUUUCGAAGAUAGAGCUCCACAUAGCGACCGAGAUCUCAGCCUGACGUUAUCGCUCGCCACCUAGCGGCCACGCCGAUAACCAGCCGAUCGAGGUGCGGACUUGAAGCGAAACCGAUUCUCAUAUUACGGCAUGCGCCGAAAACUCUCCUCGUAGCCCUCAGCAAGGACUGACCGCCGUCUGUGGAAGGUGGCAGUGUGAUUUAGCCCCCAACCCCCUCCACCCCUGGACCCCAUCCUGGACACAAUAAAGUAUUCUGUUUUCUCAUAGCCCUCAAAUUGCCGUGAUGCCACCCCGCAUAAGUCCGAAAAAUCGACUCUCUCGUUACCUGCGGGAACCUCGUGACCCUGCGGGACACCCUGACAGCAUAUACUUCUACGCUGAUGCUAGGCUUAGUGCACGCGGCUCCGCUAGAGCAGUCGUGAAUAACGACCUCCUAACUGUACAUACAGAGGUACUCCCAGA